AUUUCUCUCAACUCCACCACAGUCACUGAGUUCCUUAUACUGGGAUUCCCGGCUCUGAAUGAUUACAAGUUGCCUUUCUUCUCCAUUAUUCUCCUCAUGUAUUCCAUGACUAUAUGUGAAAACCUGUUGAUCAUUUUACUGGUGUCAGCAAGCCAACGUCUCCGUUCUCCAAUGUAUUUCUUCCUUGGACAUUUGGCGCUGUCAGACAUUAUCCAAGUAUCAAAUGUUGUUCCUAAGAUGCUGGAUGUUAUCAUAAAAGAGGGGAGUAUCAUAUCUUUUGUUGGGUGUACAACUCAGUUUUACCUUUAUGGGGUAUCAGUCAGUGCUGAGUGUUUUUUGCUCACGGCCAUGUCCUAUGACCGGUACUUGGCCAUCUGUAGACCUCUACAUUAUAUCUCAAUGAUGAGUUUCAAGCUUAGAUACAUCUUGGUCAUAUCAUCCUGGGGCCUGAGUUUGAUGUUAAUACUCAUCACACUUGUACUUGUCUUCGGUUUAGACUUCUGCGGGUCCAAUGUUAUUAACCAUUUCUUCUGUGACUUUGCCCCUCUUUUAGAACUUUCUUGCUCCGUCACAACCAUUGUGAGCAUUGACAUUAUAGUCCUCUCUGUUCCAAUUACUCUGUUACCUUUCUUACUCAUUAUUAUAACUUAUGUUUAUAUUUUUAUCACCAUCUUCAGAAUUUCCUCCACCUCAGGCCGCCAAAAAGCCUUCUCCACUUGUAGCUCACACUUGGUGGUUGUUUCUUCCUAUUAUGGCUCCAUGCUCAUCAUCUACAUGGUCCCUUACAGAGGACAUUCACUGACUGUUAACAAGUUUAUUUCUCUUGUCUACAUUGUCCUGACCCCCUUUUUAAACCCUAUGAUAUAUAGUCUAAAAAACAAGGAGAUUCAGUCUUCUGUGAUUAUGUAUCUAAAGGUUUGUAAUAAGAAGAAAGCGACACAUAGUUAG